AUGAUGGAAAUUGAAGAUGGCGAUCGUAGCGGAGAUGACAUUUUGGAUAGCUGGGAGGAAGCGCAAGAUAAUACUUCAAAGCUGGAGAAGAAGAUAGAACAGCAGAUGAAGAUUAAACAGAAAGACAGGUGUGAAAGCCUGUUGGAUGAUAUAUCUGACCUUCCAAAGUCAUACCAUGGACCCACAGAAGACAACCUUCCACCGAUAAGAAUUCUGAAACGUCCACAGACCGUAUCCGUACAUUCGAAUUCUCAUCCCAGUCAGCGCAGUUCAGCGCUCCGUGAUUCAAGGAACGGUUCCAUGUCAGCCAAAACCCUUGAGGAGCGCGUCGCCGCGUAUGCAGAAGCAAGAGAGCGAAUAUUUGGAACCGCCGAUCCAUUCAUUCAUAAUGACCUUCCUGUGCAGUAA